AUGACCAAGACUGACCCUCCUCGAUGGCGGAUAGAGGAUUGGGAGGCGGGGCGACCAAGAUGGUCUGUGGGAGGCGAGGCGAGCGUUCCUCGCUGGAGCCGUACUCGGCGGGGAGGCAUACACAUUUCAGAGGUGGCGGAUCUCGCUAUCACUAGUGGGGAGUCUGACGACGACUUGAAAUUUGGUGUGGUGUUCCCUGCUGCCCUCUAUCUCGGCGAAGAAGAAAGAGAAGUUACAGCGGAAAAGAUGCUGGCGCGACCGAUUCUGGUCUCACCAUCUGAAGUAUUGGAAGAGGAAGACGAGAGUUCUGGCUUAUCUUCGCCAUUUCCAGAUCCGCGAUUGCGAUUGUUUCUAGUUUUUUAA